AUGUCGUUCAAACCAUUAAAAAUCACCAAGUUAGAGCCAGUGUUUAUGAUGUCAAUAAUUCCCCAUUUCAUCUCAUUGAAUAUGUUGAUGCGGUUCCAUCAAGUCUCACGGAACUGUGGGGAGUCGAUAUCGCGGUUGAAAGUGAAUCCGUGUUAUCAGGAGUUGUCACUAGAAACGAUUCUUCAAAACGACCACUCGAUUCACAUCAGAAAAGAGUUGCAGAUCUUCACAGGGAUCGACUCGUUGCACACGGACAUCAACACUUUACAACAACUUCCGCCCGAGUUGUUGUCGAAUGUGAAGUUGUUUGAGAUCUCAUUCAUUCAGAAACAAACACCAUCGUCAUAUCCGAUAUGGGAGAUCAUUAAAGACAGAGUGUCACGUUUGAUCAUAGACGCACAAAUCAUCGCACUCAUCGACUUGACUGCUCUUCCCAAUUUGAGACGACUUGAAAUCAAAGCGGGGCGUGUUGCGUUAAAUGAGAACUUACCAAUCAGACAAAUCGAGAACUUGCAAACACUCGUCAUAUUUUGCGAUGGUAACCUCUACAAAAACUACUUCGACCUCUUCGAACAAUUCGUUUGCUCAAAACUUAGAGUAUUGUAUAAACUAAAUUGGUUACAAGCUAGUGACUUGGAUGAUAUUCAUCAAUUGAAGCCUAGAGAUAUGGUCGGAAUAUUCUUAAACGAUUUACCUGGUGUCGUGGACGACUACAUCUCACCCAAACUAGUCUUGUUGUACUUCGCAAAGAAGGAAUUCCGUAUUCCAAUCGAUUUCUUCAUCGACAAAAGACUGAAUGUGUUACUCAAACAAUAUCAUCCAUCUGUUCUCGACAUCCGAGGGGACGUCGACAAUACUGAAAGUUGUGUUGUUGACUUACACGAGGAACACCAAUUGGAAGAGAUCACUUUUAACUUUGUGAAUUGUAAGGAAAAAAUCGCCGUUGCGUUACCUAAAGAGUUGAAGAAGUUAAUUAUUAAUAAGGGAAGUUUCUUAAAGGAAGGUGGACUGUUACAGUUGGCCGAUACACAAGUUCCUAAGGAUUUGUAUGGCGCGUUUGGAGAUGCUGUUCCGAAUUAA